AUGACGAAGAUGCGGCUGCUGCCGCUGGUGAGCGCCGUCGCAUGCGUCCGCGGCUUCCUGCCGCCCACCGCGCGCUGCGCGCCGCCGGCGCUGCGCGCCGACGCGAACGACUACGAACGAGUCCAGCAAAAGGAGGAGGCCGACAUGCUCGCCGACUGGGAGGCGCGCCAGGCGCGGCGCGACGGCGGGGCGCGCGCCGCGGACGUCGCGUCUUCGUUCGCCGAGAACGUCCGGGCGAACGUCGCCGGGGGCUCCACGGCCCCGAGCCUGCUGUUCGUCGCGGGCCAGGCCGUCCUCCUGCUAUGCCUCGCGGCCGGCGGCGUGCCGCUCGUCGGCGGGCCCAUCCAGGCCGUCGCGGGGCCGGGCCUCGUCGUCGCCGGGGCGGGCUUCAUCGGCGCCGGCCUGCUGGAGCUGGGGCCGGCGAACCUGACGCCCUUCGCGACGCCCGUCGCGGGGAACGAGCUCAAGACGAACGGCGUCUUCGCCCUGAGCCGCCACCCCAUCUACGCGGGCCUCGUCGUCGCGAGCGCGGGCUUCUCCGUGGCGACGGUGUCGUUCCAGCGCGCGCUCGUCACGGGCAUGCUCUUCCUCCUGCUCGACUCCAAGUCCGAGUACGAGGAGAAGAAGCUCCGCGAGGUCAUGGCCGAGCUCAACACCGAGUUCUUCGACGACUCGGCGCCGGCCGUGGGCCCCGGCGGCCUCGUGAACCUGUCGCGCGUCUCCCGGGACCUGUCCAAGGGCCAGUCGACGAAGGACGAGGCGCUCCGGGCGCUCCCGCCGCCGCCGCCGCCGCCGCAGAAGAAGCGCAGCGACCUCUACGGGCCCGGCGUCGGCGCGCGGGGGCCCGGGUCCGCGCGCGACGCCGACGACGCCGCGGCCGCGGCGCGCGACGCGCCCGCGGCGCCCGCGGCGCCCGCGGCGACGCCCGCGAAGAAGAUGCCCGCGGCCGCGCCGAAGACGCCGCAGGAGCGCGCGCUGCGCGACGCGCUCGAGGCCGAGGACCUGCGGGCCGCGCCGCCGUCGCCCGCGCGGCCGCCGCCGCGGACGCGCGCGACGCGGUCCGAGCGGCGCGCGGCGUCGCUCGUCGUCCCCGACGUCGACGGCCUGCGGCGGCGCCUCGACCCGGACCGCGCCGGCCCGGGCCCGCCGCUCCGCGCGCGCGACUUCGGCGCCGCGGUCGUCUGCGCGCGCGCGGCCGGCGGCCUCGAGGACCGCGGCGACCUCUACCUCGGCGUCUUCGGCACGUGGUUCGCCUGCCGGGACGCGGGCGUCGCGAAGCUCGACUAACACCACCUUAGGGGACGG